AUUAACUAAUUAAAAAUAUUGUAUGAUAAAAAUAUUAUUUCAGGAAAAUUUUCAAAAGGAAUAUAUAAGUUAAAAUUAUCUCAAAAAAAUGAGUCUAGGUAAUGUAGCACCCAAAUUUCGUGAUACUUUUCAUCUAGCAAAUAAAAAUGUAUUAAGAUGGUUCCCUGGACAUAUGAGUAAAGGAUUAAAACAAAUGCAGAAUCAGUUAAAAAAUGUAGAUUGUAUCAUUGAAGUUCAUGAUGCAAGAAUUCCAAUUUCUGGACAUUAUGCAGAUUUUAAUAAUGUUUUAACUGGAUUGAAACCUCAUAUUUUUAUAUUAAACAAAAUAGAUUUAAGUGAUAUGAGAUUUAAGGAUUCUAUAAUAGAAAGUUUAAAUAAGAAGGGAUUAUAUAAUAUAUUAUUUACUAAUUUUAAAAAUGUAAAAUGUGAAGGUGUUAGAGAAUUAAUACCUUUAGCACAAAAAUUAAUUAAAAAAUCAAAUCGACAUAAUAGAUCAGAAGAAUCUUCAUUUCAAAUGAUGAUUAUUGGUAUUCCAAAUGUAGGAAAAUCAUCAUUAAUCAAUCGAUUAAGAAAUAAUAUCCUGCAUAAAAGUAGUGCUGUACAAGUUGGUGGUAUUGCUGGCAUUACACGAUCUGUAUCAACAAGAGUUAAAAUAUCAGAAAAUCCAAAUAUUUAUGUUUUAGAUACACCUGGAAUUUUAAUUCCUAAAAUAAAUGAUAUAAAUACUGGUCUAAAAUUAGCAUUAGCUAAUUGUAUGCAAGAUCAUUUAAUAGGGCCAGAAUUACUUGCAGAUUUUUUAUUAUUUUGGUUAAAUAAAUAUAAACGAUUUGAAUAUGUACAAAAAUUAGGAUUAACAAAACCAUCUGAUAAUAUAUCAGAUGUUCUUAUAUAUAUUGCAGCAAAAUUUAAAAAAACUUUAAAAAUUAAGAAUUAUGAUGGUAAAAAAAUUAUAAAGCCAGAUUUAAGAUUUGCAGCAGAAUAUCUUCUCUCUUUAUUCAGAAAAGGAGAAUUAGGUUAUUAUUGCUUAGAUGAAGAUUUGUUAUCAUUAUUAUCAACAAGAUGAAAUUCAAUAUAGAAUAUAUAGCAAUGUUUGCAAGGAUAACAUUUUAUCCAACAUUAGUUUAUAAUGUAUUAAUGGAAAAAAUUUCAUCGAGAAAUUGGUACGAUAGAAUUGAUGAAACUGUUAUAUUAGGUGCUUUACCAUUUCGAAGUAUGACAAAACAG